AUGGCAGAUCGGUGUAAGCUUUCUGCUGCCAUUGUAUCCGGUUCUGUGGAAAGGUCCUACUUGCUCAAGGUAGAUGGCUUCAAAGGGCACGACUGGGUUCUGAGGUAUUACCCAAACGGUGGUAGAUCGGAAAUCGGUGAUUCUGCCCGUUACGUAUCCCUGGUUGUUGAAUGUUGUGAUGCUAUUGAUGACCUACCAAAACCACACAUUGAUCUGCGUGAUAGAGAUGGGCAACCAGAACCACCAUACGUCGUCAGCACCAUCUAUUCAUGUCCAGGGUACCCUAUGUCUGCAGGCCUCACUUCAUAUUAUCUCUUCCUCAUAGAUAAGGCGGAGCUGGAGCAAUCAGGUGAUAUAAUAGAUGACUGUUUCAGCAUUAGGUGUGUUCUUACUCUCAGUGAAGAGACUAUGGAUGACCGGUUUGUUGUGGUUCCUCCAAGCAACCUGCACCUGCAUUUCGCCGACCUGCUAGAGAGCAUGGAUGGAGCGGACGUGACGUUUCAUAUCGGCGGGCAGAUGUUCUCGGUUCAUAGGCUCAUUCUCGCCGCGAGGUCACCUGUUUUCAGGGCGGAGCUCCUCGGAGCCAUGAAGUUAUGCAGCCACAUUGAUGCCAACAUGGCGGCGACCAGUUUGGUCUUAGCUGAGCAGCAUUGCUGCAAUGGACUCAAGGAAGCCUGUCUACAGUUCCUUGCUUCUCCUUCCAAUUUGGAGGCGAUGAUGGCAAGUGAUGGCUACAAACAUCUCAAAAGCAGUUGCCCAUCUGCCCUCAAGGAGUUGAUUGCUAGGCUCCUGCCGCCUUAUAUGAAAGCUGCCAAGGAUAUUGUCAUGGCACUUUAG